AUCGUCAGCUCUUACAGUUUUCAUGAUUUCCUUGCAAGAAAAUCGUCUCACACAAGCAUUCCCCGCCAGUACAUUUCGAAGCGUCAAUCUCUCGCGCUGCGCUUCUCGGACUCUGUCCACUGCCUGUUAGCUGCAACCGAUUUCCUCGCGGGAAUCCUGUUUGAAACGCUGCUGCUUCAUCGGUCUCUCCUGCCGCAAACGCCCGUGAACAUCCGCUGUUCAACAAGUUCUGCGCAAUGACGACUGUAGGAGGAAUCGGCUCCGUUCGAAUUGGGACUUCGGAAGCGCCGCAUGUGCCGGAGACCAUGUCCGCGUGGCAGUACUCCAAGCACGGAGGGGGGGCCGACGCUCUCUCGUUGAGCGACAACGUCCCCGUGCCCAAGCCGGCCAAGGGCGAGGUGCUGGUGCGAGUGCGCGCGGCGAGCAUCAACCCGGGCGACUGGAAGCUGCAAUCCGGACUCCUCCCCUUCCUGCCGCUGCGCUUCCCCGCCACUGCUGGGUUCGACCUGGCAGGCAGCGUAGUGGCAGUGGGGCAUGGUGUCACCCAGUACACUGUGGGGGAGCCUGUCUUUGGGAGGGCGCCUUUCUUUAAAAUGGGUGCUCUGGCGCAAUACGCUGUACUAGACCAGGACGGCAGUGCGCGCAAGCCCGCCUCUCUUUCCUUUGAGACUGCUGCUGCUCUCCCCAUCGCCGGCCUCACAGCCCUGCAAGCCGUGCGCGACUACGCUGGCCUGCCUCUCCCUGCAGCGCCUGUAGCGCCGCAGAGUGCGAAAGGAAGCCAUGACAGCAGCAGCAAGGGCAAGAGCAGCAGCAGCAGGUGCAACGCACGGGUGCUGGUGGCGAAUGCAUCAGGGGGGGUGGGGCACCUGGCAGUGCAGCUGGCCAAGGCAGCAGGAGCACACGUCACAGCCACUGUCGGCGCUCGCAACCUCGACUUUGCGCGGAAGCUAGGAGCAGACGAGGCGCUGGAUUACAACUCCACUGCAGGAAAGCAGCUCAUUCCUUCCCCAUCCCCUAGCCUUUCUGCUCAUGCCGCGGCGCAGAUAGCUUCAACUGCUGACCCCUAUAUCGGUGGGCGCUAUGAUGUGGUUAUAGAUUGCUCUCCCAACAGCCUGGCUGUUUCUGCUGUGGAUAGGGUUCUCCGUCCCCAAGGGAAGUGGGUGCACGUGAUACCCCCGCUCUCAGUGUUCGCCCUAGGACUCUGGCGCCGCUUGGCGCUUCGGCCCAAAAAGAUAUACUCAGUGAUGAUGGAGAAUAGGGGGGCUGAUUUGGAGGUGUUGGGACGGAUGGUGGGGGAGGGGAAAGUGAAGGUGGUGGUGGAGAGUAGUGUGCCGUUUGAAGAGGCUAGAGAGGCGUGGAGGAAGAGCAUGGAAGGGCAUGUGACAGGGAAGGUAGUGGUUAGGAUGGAGUGAAGGGCGACGAGGUGUAGAAGCUGGUUGUAUCAAUGAAUUGCUACCGUAUUAGCCCGGAUAUAAGACCCAUGGGUCUUAUCACAUACCGUUGAGAAAUAUUCCAAAUGGUCCUAGAUCCAGGGGCAAAAAACCGGGUUACCACAAGAUAAGCGCCUAAUACCCAGGGUCUUCUAUUCCUAGGGGGUCUUAUAUCCGGGCUUUUACGGUAU